AUGAGCCAGCCCCGACCCCCCGGCCUAGAGGAGGCUGCCCUUGAGACCCUCCUGGGCGACCUCAUCGGCUACUACAAAGAGGAGGCAGGGGCGGGCCGGCUCCGGGUCUGCAGGCAAGCAGCCCUCACCCACAGGGCCCAGCGGCUCUUGGACACGGGAGCCCCCCCUCAGUUCUAUCUGCCUGAGCUUCUGGUCCCUGAUCUGGGCUCCACUCACUCCUGCGGGGCACCCAGCCCUGCCCAGCGUGUCUGCCACGAACUGGUGCAAGCACUAGAAUUCCUGGAGCUCAUAUCUGUCAACCUACUUCUGUUUCCCUGGAGGAAGGAAAUCAGGUCCCUAAAGACAUACACUGGGAACUUCGCCUACCGGGUGCAGCCUGUACUCUCCGAACACACGCUGCACAGCCUUCUGGGCAGGCUGGGCUACACGGCCACCUCCGAGGCAGAGUUUUCGCUGGUCCAGGCCAUCAGCAAGGAGGACGCCAAGCAGAUGGUGUUUGAGAUCUUCCUGGCGAGAGUUGCAUGUGAGGCCAUUCUGGAAACCUCGAGCAGGCAGGUGCUGGGACUUGGCAGAGAGAAACUGGCCAGGCCCCACUCCAGGCACAGCUCAGGGAGAAGGCUGGUGAAGGCCCACAACUGUCCCGCGGGGGCCCAGCCAGGCCUGGGGCCCCCAGAAAGGCUGGGGCCUGAGAAGGCCCUAGCCGAGGGCCCUGACCAUCAGAGCGCUGUGCCGGUGGCCCUGAGUCUGCCUGAGGUCUCGACGUUCCCCUGCACCCCUCUUGCUGGCCCCCUGCUCCGCUUGGACUUCCAGCACCGCACCAGCAGAUGCUCAGACAGUGAGGAGUUCUUGACCUGCUACAGUGACCUUGUUCUGCACCGGACACCCUUGUUCCCCAAGGACCUUGUCCUGAGCAGCUUGAAGGCAGACCAAGUCCAGGGCCCAGCCCAGGCUCCCAGCCCCGCUUCAGGUCCCAGCCCUGUCACCUACUGA